CCUCUCUAAAACCCGCGGCGCCGCAGCGGCAGCAACCGAACCGAUCGGCCAGGAACGUCCGCAGCACACGCCGUCGUUCUCGGAUUCGCGCGCCACCAAGAUCCGGCCAGCCAUGUCCCGUGCCGUCGACGCCCAGGAGCCCGGCGAGGGGCUCCGCCGCCUCUACGCGCCGGAGCGGCCGCAGGGCCUCGGCGUCCCCACCUCGUACCAGGCGCUCUACGACCUGCCCACCUCGCCCGAGUGCCUCUUUCAGGAGGAGGCGCGCAGGAAGACCCGCACCUGGGGCGAGAACCUCACGUUCUACACCGGCGUCGGCUUCCUCAGCGGCGCCACGGCCGGCGCGCUCGUGGGCGUCCGCCGCGCCGCCGCCGAGGCCGAGCGCGGCGAGUCCGCCAAGCUGCGCCUCCACCGCGUCCUCAACCACAGCGGCACCCUCGGCCGCAGCUACGGGAACCGGCUCGGCGUGAUGGCGAUGGUCUUCGCCGGGACCGAGAGCUUCGUCCGGUACCAGCGCGACGGCGCCAACGACUGGGUCAACACCGUCGCCGCCGGGACCGGAGCCGGGGCAAUCUACCACACUGCGUCCGGGCCGCGGGCGAUGAUCGCCGCUGCCGUCCUCGGUGGAGUCUUGUCCGGCGCUGCCGUCGCGGCGAGGCCGGUGCUCCAAAGAUUUGCGCCGGAAAUCGUCGCCAGAUGGGAUAAUCUAUAGUGAGAAAAAAGAUGUCACGCUGGAUUACCGUGGUGCCUUGAGAAGUUCUAUUCGUAUCUAGUAAUUCUGAUCCUAAUAUUACGAUCUUAACUGGCUGGAUUGAUAGUUCGUAACUGUUCGUAGCUGUAUCCUCCAAUUAAUGGACAAAAAAAAUGCUUAUUUCUUUAUCGGGAAUCCAGUCUUGUUUGUUACUAUAUGAUAAAAAAAAAACUACAAAUGUUGCCGCGAUAUGCUUUUCGAAAUUGUUCUUCCUGAUAUGA